AAGGCAGCCUUUAAAGAAACAACAAGAUUAGGAAAAAAUGUAGUUCAUUAAAUACCGCUUGCUAUAUUUACAUGUACCAGUGACGAGUUUCUUGAGAUCUAAUAUGCGUGGAAAUACGUCUGUCGAUUUUAAAGCACAGAAGAUGGUUUCAAGUGGACUUCCGGCUGACUUUUCAAAUAUGAAGGAGAUGAUUGGCGGCUGUUGCGUUUGCUCAGACGAGAGAGGCUGGACUGAGAACCCCCUAGUUUACUGUGACGGACACGGUUGUAACGUUGCCGUUCAUCAAGCAUGUUAUGGCAUUGUUCAAGUACCCACUGGACCGUGGUUUUGCAGAAAAUGUGAAUCGCAAGAGAGAGCUGCCCGAGUGAAAUGUGAACUUUGCCCUCAUAAGGAUGGCGCUCUCAAGAGGACUGACAACUGCGGUUGGGCCCAUGUGGUUUGUGCACUUUAUAUUCCAGAGGUGCAGUUUGCAAAUGUUACUACAAUGGAACCUAUUGUACUACAGUACGUUCCCCAUGAACGCUUCAACAAGACUUGCUACAUUUGUGAAGAACAAGGCCGUGAAAGCAAAGCAGCAACCGGUGCUUGUAUGACUUGUAAUAAACACGGAUGUCGGCAGGCUUUCCAUGUAACUUGUGCACAACUGGCAGGACUUCUAUGUGAAGAAGAAGGCUCAGAAGCUGAUAAUGUUAAAUACUGUGGCUACUGUAAAUACCAUUUUGGAAAAUUGAAACAGAAGGACAGAGAAAAAUAUAGGCAACAAAAAAUCAAAAAAUCUUUGGACUUGUCAUCUGCAGUUCCACCUCUCACUGUGACAACUGAAAAAGCAUACACCGGCACCAACAGUGGCUUUAUAUCAGGCUCAUUGAAGAGAUUGGAAGAAACUACUGCCAGAUUUACAAAUGCAAAUUUCCAGGAAGUACCGACUCAAUCUUCAAGUGGGAAUGACGACAUUGAAAUUAAAGGCUUGGAAAUCAAGGGGAAGAAAUCUGCAGGGUAUGGUUCAGGUCAGAGAGGAAGGAAGCCAGGAAAGAAUUCAGCGUGUCUUUCUGUUACAACAGCAUCAUCAAGCCCUUUUUCACAAGGCAGCCUGCAAGGAACGCCAAGUAGUGUAAAAUCAUCAGGCAGUUCAGCCCAAUCGCCACAAGAGUUUCAAAGUUUCACUGAGCCGGAUGUAAUAAAUGAUGGAUACAAUCAUUCCCAGCAGUCCUCGACCAGAGAAACACUUAAGGGAGAGACAAUUGACCAAGAAAGGACUUUAAUUAAUGCUAGUCCUACUGUCGGCCUCCCACCUCCAUCAACUGGACCUCCACAAACAAUAAAUAUUGAAAACUCAAAGCACUCUGAGGAUGGUUCCGAUUACGGAACUCCUGAUGCUCCUGUUGGGACUACAAGUGGAGUGCCAGGAUAUAAAAGGGUUCAAGCUUCAGUUAUGGAGGAAGAGACAAUAAAAGAAAAAAAACGAAAGGGAACUAAAAGAUAUAAGCAUGGACCUGGCAGACCAAAGGGAAGUAAAAACAAAGACAGUAUUUCUCAACCUUCCCUCUCUGCUGCAUCACCAUCAUCUUCUGUGACAUCUGCUGCAGGAAGCGGGACAAGUGCAAAUUUGCAGAAAUCACCAUCGUUGCUCCGGAACGGAAGCUUACAAAGCCUGAGUGUCAACUCAUCUCCUGUUGGUUCAGGAUUUUACACAAGUAACGAUGUUCCAGUUUCACUGCAGAAUACAGUGUCAGGAUCUGGCUCCAGCACCCCACUUUCCAGUUCAGUUUUGGCUCCCCCAAAUACAGCGCAUUCACAGCAGAUGAGCACAUCGCCUUCAGUCACAAUUUCCGUUGCAACUGUGGUUUCUACAACCCAGGCAAGUGCACUACCUGGAUCAUCUUUUAAUCUUGCACCAUCUCACAUGUUUGGAAAUCAAUUAAACCCUAAUUCGGCAAUGGUAGCUCUUAUUGCACAGUCUGAAACCAGUCCAGCAGAACAAGAUUUGGAGAAUGGCCACAGUGUUCCUGGGAGGAGCAAUUCACCAAAAGGAAGUCUUUCACCACGAUCUCCUGUAAGUGGCUUGCAAAUUCGUUAUGAUCAGACAAGUAACAGUGUCUUAGAAAAUCUGCCUCCAGUUGCAUCCAGUAUUGAACAAUUAAUGGAAAGGCAGCGGAAUGAAGGACAGCAGUUUCUUUUUGAACAGGGCAGUCCAGCUGAAGUUUUGGGAAUGUUGAAAUCUCUGCACCAGCUUCAAGUUGAAAAUCGGCAGCUAGAGGAUCAAAUUAAGAGUUUGACAGCUAAGAAGGAACGCCUCCAGCUUCUCAAUGCUCAGCUCUCAGUACCUUUUCCAGUUGUGAGUUCGAAUACCAGUUUGACAACACAAAUCCACCCAUUCACAGUACAAGCUGUCCACAACACAACAUCCUUGCACAGCAGUAAAGGUCCCCAUCUGAGCAACAGUUUUCUGCCCGAAAGCUCACAUCAAUUGUCAAACCAGGAACGAACCUCCUGUGGACAUAGCACUGGCAGUUCUUCCAUGGCCAGUCCAACCACUACUGGACAAAGUCCAGCUCUGCAAGGGGUUAACUGUAUGUCAAGAGCACUUGCUGGUGGAAUGCAGACGAUGGCCUCCACCAUGCCCACGGUAUCUUCAGUUGGUGGGUUGAUGGGAACUUUACCAGGAAACCAGCUGGCAGUCAAUGGAUUUGUGGGAACUCUGAAUGGAGUUGUACAGCCCCCCGUGUCAAUAACACAAAACCCAAGUACAUUGUCACAUGCAACUGUACCACCAAAUGUAACUUUUCCAAUGUCCACCAAUCUAACUAACAGCAUGCCAGGAUUGAGCUUACUUUCGGAGCAACAGAGACAACUGCUACUGCAACAACAGCUUCAGCAAUUGUUACCAUCCCAGCAACUCACUCCAGAACAACAUCAGGCUCUUUUUUAUCAAAUAAUGCAUCAACAGCACCACCAUCAUCAGCAUGAGUUGCAGCAGCUCCAGAUCACUGGGACAACACACAUUCCUAUGAAUAACCUACUGGCAAGUGCCCAGACACAGCCACUUCACUCAGCGCCUCCUAACCCCUUCAUGUCCAUUCAUAGUGAAGCUUCCACACCAAAAGUCACAAGGCUCAAUGAGAAAGGUAGCCCUGUCACACAAGAGAAAAGUUGACACAGGACUUUCAAAUUCCAGAACGUGUUGUGUUGUAGCAGCCCAACCAGCUGCAUAAAGGAUGAAUCUUACUCGGCUUCAAGUGGGAAUUAUUGUGGCAAAUACACUGGUCUUGUCACGUGUCAUUUACUAGUUUUGCAGCUUGAUUGCACUAAUAUAAAACUUAGCAACAUUUGGCAUUGAGAAUUCUGAAAAAUAAAUUCAUCAGUAAAACUUGAAUCAAUUCACUCAAAUUGGUGUGUUUUUAUGCCAGUGUAAUUAUGAUUUUUAAAUCCAAAAUUAAAUCUUUUAAAUGACAAAUACAAGUUGCAUUGCAAAAAAAUGACAAAGUAAUUAUUCCUGGUCCUGCAAAUGUAAUGGACAGGUCUUGGAAUUUGCAUUACCCAAGCUUUACGUUGCAUGUAUUUUGUGUUGUGCUCUGUCCCUUUGCUGUGAAUGUUUCCAGGACCACUUCAAGCAUGGGUACUCAGUUGUAGUGCAAUAGGCUUCUGAGCUUUUUGGUCGCUGGGGGACCAGAUCACUCUAUAAAAGAGGAAGAAAUGGAUUAGCCUGCUGCUGGGCAAAGUUCCUUUGAGAGAUGUGUUGGCUGUCAGCCUAACCAAGUGCCUGUUGUGAAGUCCAUUGUGAACUAGCUAUGGACAGCUGAGUAUGCUCUCAAUCACAAUUCCUGUUACAACAGCAGGAAUUUUCCUUCAUGGAAGGAAUUCCCAGCUCUCCAUGUCCAAACCAAUCCCCUCCACAUAAACGUAUAGUUGGUUAUGAUUCGUCUCGAGGUUGAAUGUUGCACAGUUUUGUAAAUAUGCUUUGUGAAUUUCUUUAAUUCUUGGCAAAUUGAAAUAAAACAUCAAUAUUUUGGUUUGUAAUAUUUCUAAUUAGCAGUUAUGCAGUUGAGUGGGAAAGUAUCAUUUUAUUAAUUUAUUUUUAUACAUGCAGGGGAAUUUUAGAAAAAGCGUUCAGACCAACUGGAUUUUGUAGAUAUUGACAAAUAAAUCAGUGUGGCUCAUUUUAGAUUCUUACUUCCCACCCACUGAUUGUUCUUUAACAAACUUUGUACAGAUUUUGAAGAAAUUUUGCUGUAGUGUUUAUUUUGCUUAGUUGUAAAAUAUCAAAUGUAUUAAAGAAUGAUAUAAAAAUUUGUCUCAAUGAUUGUUAGUAAUGUUUGUACUAAUGAGAGGCAUUACUGGUUUGCUAAUAAUUGAGGGGCUUAAACCAUUAUUACAAAUUAGGUGUUAUGGAAAAUGUUCCCAAUGACUUCUUUACUGCCUCCUGUGGCCUACAACAAAAAUGAGUUGACAUUUUAUUUAUUGUUGCUUAAAUAAUGGUGGUGUAUAAAUAUUUUCUGAGUGGUUUUUGGAUUCCAAAGAGAUUCUACUUGUGUUAACAGUUUUUGUAUGUUCAGCCUUUCAGCUGAUCUAUUGUACAUGAAAAAUUAAGUUAUCUCAAAAUUAAUUCUCUGCAUAUAAAAGUAAAAUUAAAUUUUUAACAUAU